AUGGCUCUUCAAAAUACCACUGGGAAUGUCCAGUCUUAUUCAGACCAGUUGGCCCAUGCCGAUAUCGCUGCUCGUGAGGAUCAGCUCCAUCAACUUGGCUUCAAGUAUCCUCAUGCCCCUCAUCCUGCCCAACCCUUGUCGGCGUCCGGCUUGCAUCAGCAGCAUGUAGCGGCUCGACUUCAUCAACGGAAGCUUCGCAGGCUGCACUCGGUUGGGCCCAACUCUCAAUCUCGCCGGGCACGCAGCAGCUACCUCAAGUCCCAGAAGUACUUGGAAUACCGUGCUCGCCCUCGCCGUGAUACUGGGAAAGAUGGGGAGCCGGUGUGGUCUGAUGAGCUGGAGGACGCUUUCCAGCAGGCCCUUGAAGCAAACCCUCCCAUGGGUCGGAGAAAGUGGUCUGAACGGGGCAAGUCGUAUGGUCGCAACGAGCUGAUUGCCGAAUACAUCUUCAAAUUGACCGGCAAGCGGAGGACUCGCAAGCAGGUCUCGAGCCAUCUGCAGGUCCUUGACUCUUUCCUUAAGGGCGAUCCCGAUUGGGAGCGACUUGUCCGUGAACCAUCACCAGAGCGAUCAUCGAGUGUGCAUGGCUCAGCACCCGCUCCCAAAUGGAGAACAGCAGUGGAGCAUCCUUCGUCUAGCCACUACGGUAGCCAAACGCACCCCUCAUACCAUGACCACAUGAGGUCUAUGCAACCAUACGCUGGAGACCUCCCGCCACCACACUAUACCCUUGGCUCCAACAAUAUGCAGGAGGCCACUGCUAGCACCAUUCAUGGCUUUAGCUUUGAUAUGUGGGUCAGCGCUCCUCACCAGGCUAACCGCAUCGACAAGGCAUUGCAUGCGUACACUCGUCUACAGGGUGAUUUGCACCACCCCGGUGCACCUCCCAUGCCCCUUGAGCAUUUGAACGGGUGGAGGUCCUCUUUCCCUCAACUGGCUUCCAUGGUAGAUGACAUCAACAAUCCCCUGGACUGUGAUAUCAUCUUGUUAGAAGUCAACCUUGAGCUCAUGACUGACUUCCCUCCUACUGGAUCACGGCUGGGAAUCCAGCUCGACCUUGACUACGGCCACCCAAGUGCUGGUGAUGUGCUGGGGGUCAGCCAAAUGGACAACUGGACUUGCAGCACACAUAUCUACGAAGAUAGCCAGAAGAUCGUGGAGAGUUACCACGACCUGCAAAAACCCCAGUCGACCAAGGUCAAGCCUCUCUUCGAAUCAUCUUGGUGGGCGAAUACCUUCACACAGUUGACCCAAGAAAAGCGUAUAGCUGAGGACUCGGGGAACCCCCAGGCUGCUCGCGACGCUGACGACCACACCCGUCACUUCUUCCACUCAUUGUCUGCAGUACAAGAGCUCCGUGCCACAUCGCCUAGCUCUCACCGGCUGUCGAACCAAUACCAAGGUCACAGCGGUGAUGAGAGCAAGCGCAUGGCCGUCCUGGCCUGGAAGUUCCGACAAACCCGGCCCGGCGAAGUUGGCACCACUACUUGGCGACGACUGAUUCCGGCGCCGGACCGGACUACAACCAACAGCCCCCGCCCAGUCUCCGGGGUUGAUCUUCCUCCCCUCUCCCUGGAUUCAAUCCUUCUCAGUAAACCAUCCCACCAGGGUGUCUACCAAGCCCCUCAGCCCCAUGACCUCAUCCACCACCCGAGCCAAUCCCACUCGCAAUGGCCUAUGUACCAAUCACCCCACGACAACGUGGCUAAUCUAUUUAAUUCCUCCGGUCACCUCGACUUCAUGACAUCCAUCAGCAAAGCUGAAGACGGACUCAACGACAGAAUCGCUGUCACCUCCGUGCUGGACUCGUUCUCCACCAGCCUCGCACCCGAGAGCAUCACAUCCACAAGCCUGCACGGAUCCAGCGGAGCACCAGUCAUGCUCAACGUGCACGACCUACCGCUCUCCCACCAAGGCAUGGGCUACACAAUGGGCCACGAAGCAUCCCACUACGUGCCAUCUCAACAGCACAGCGUGAACAUGCACGACAGCAACAGCGUGUCACACGGCUUCUUUGGCUCUAAUACACAGCUGCUUGAUGAUCUCAGUCACGGCCAGGCCUCCUGGGGUGCGCACUCCACUUCCAUCCCCGGAGACGUCGGCGCUGGCAGCUACCACCUUCCUUACCAGCCGGAGCACCAUGGACACGGACCCGUGUCGCGUGAGUCGCAGCAACCACAUCAUUUCGACGGCCUCUUGCCGUCGGAGGACCUAAUGGACAAGAUCGUCGGGCGUAUGUCCAAUGGUCCCAGCAUGCAUGGGGCGGGCCCCGAUGCGGGCUACGAUCACGCCACAGGGGAUGCGGUAUAA